AUGAUGAGACGCGCGCUUGUGAACAAGCUGGCCUUGCCUACGAGAACCGUCGCCACACGCCGGUUUUACUCUGCACAGCCGGCCAAUCCUACGACGCAAUUUUAUAAGACCUUCACGCGGCCAGUAGCCAAGGUGCUCCUGGUGGCCGUGUUUACGUAUCAGGUGUGCUAUUGGAGCUGGGUGAAGCUCGAGGCGGAUGAGAUGAAGAGAGAAACAGAUGCGUCCAUUGCAGACCUGGAAAAGGCUGUAAAUGAGUAUCAAGAGUCAAAGAGCGGGAAGAAAUAG